AUGGAGACAAAGGUGCCACGGGUACAUGCAGAACGGAUCCGUGUUACGCUUGGGUAUGAGGGUUUGUUUUAUGUUGAUAACGAUGGAUUGAGUGGAGGAAUGGCGUUUUUAUGGAAGAAGAAUAAUACGGUAAGAUUAUUAAGCUACUCGCAGAGUCAUAUUGAUGUGGAAGUAAGCUUGUUUAAUAGGUUAUGGCGCAUGACAUGUAUCUAUGGUAUCCCCGAACGAAAUAGGCGGGAGGAGACAUGGGAUUUACUUCGCACUCUGAAGGAUAGAUCCUUGUUGCCCUGGGUGGUGAUAGGGGACUUUAAUAAUCUUCUAUAUCAGGCUGAGAAGAAGGGGGGAAAUCCGUAUCCUAAUAGUCUGUUACGGGGUUUCGGAGAUGCUGUGGAUGACUGUGGUUUGAUGCAAAUACCAAUGAGAGGCCACCAAUAUACGUGGCAAAAGGGAAAGGGGACGCCGAAUUGGAUAGAGGAAAGGUUGGACAAGGCUCUAAUAACGAAUGAUUGGGGUCUGAUGAAUGAGAAUGCAUGGUUAGAGAACAUUCGAACCCGGGCUUCGGAUCACUCGAUCCUUUUCCUCAGUAUUAAUGCGAUUUGCAUGCCAAGGAGAUUCAGGUUUGAGAUGGCUUGGCUGUUUGAUGAGGGGUGCAAAGAAGUAGUAGAAACGGCCUGGCAUGAGGGGAAAACGGAGGGAUUGCUGCAUUGUCAGCAGUUGUGUGGGGAGAAGUUAAUGCGGUGGGGGGGAGACCAGUUUCAUAAAUUCGGAAAACGAAUUAACCAGCUACAGCAGAGGCAAGAUGCCAUACGGAAUAGGCGAGAUUGGGUGGCGCUAGCUGAGUACCAGCAGAUUGAGAAUUCUCUGAAACGAAUAGAGGCCCAGGAGGAUGUGUUCUGGAGGCAGCGAGCCAAGCAGCACUGGCUACGCGGGGCUGACGCAAACACAAAAUUCUAUCACACUAUGCCUCUGCACGUAGGAAAAAGAAUUUUAUUUCUAGUAUUAAAUGUGAUGCUGGUAACUGGGUGGAGGGGGAUGAUAUGCAUUCCACUAUAUUGA